AUGGGCUGGAUCACUAGCACAUUUUCGAUACUCAUUCUCUUUUUGGAACAUGUAACAGGGCAGUACACUUAUCAGCCAUGUGCAGCUCGCACCGUUGGCAAGAAUCAAGUGAUUUGUGUAUGUAACGCUACCUAUUGUGACAAUAUCGAAGCUUUGGGGGACCUGCGUCCGGGACAGGCUGUCCUCUAUUAUUCAAAUUAUGCUGGAAAGCGAAUGCAGCGGUCGAAUCUUAGGCAGACAGCCAAUAGAGCAGAAGGCAGUAUUCUACUCACUCUCAAUCUUACAACCACAUUCCAAAAGAUGAUUGGAUUUGGUGGAGCUUUCACAGAUUCCGCUGGGAUAAAUCUUCGAAGCCUUCCGAAGGCGAUGCAGGGCAGUAUGAUGGAGGGCUAUUAUGGAGCAAGUGGUCUACAAUACACGCUUGGAAGAGUGCCAAUGGCUAGUACUGAUUUUUCCACACAUCAAUACAGCUACGCAGAUUCUCCUGGUGACUUUGCAUUGGCCGACUUUUCGCUGACCACAGAAGAUUAUCAAUACAAGAUCCCCUACAUAAAACAAGCACAAACACUGUCACAAAACGCUACAAGAUUAUUUGCAUCACCAUGGAGUGCACCAGCUUGGAUGAAAACUAAUGGACAGAUGAAAGGUGGAGGCGAGCUCAAGGGCAAGCAAGGAGGUGAUUAUUACCAGACGUGGGCCAACUAUUUCAUCAGAUUUUUCGAGGAGUACCACAAAAAUGGAGUUGACUUCUGGGGAGUUACAGUGCAGAACGAACCUACAUCUGGUCUGAAUCCAGACUGGGGCUGGCAAACUAUGUACUUGAGUGCUGGAAUGGAAAGAGAUUUCGUGAAGAAUUUACUGGGGCCUGCUUUGAAGAAAUCACCGUAUGGCAAAAAUCUGCAACUGAUGAUUAACGAUGAUCAAAGAUAUAACUUGCCGGAAUGGGCCGAUACGAUUCUGAAAGACGCAGAUGCUGCCCAGUACGUUUCUGGUAUAGCUAUUCAUUGGUAUGAAGAUCUGGAGGUUCCUGCAUCGGUGCUGACAACCACGCAUGAACGCCAUCCGCAAUAUUUCAUGCUGGCGACGGAGGCUUGUAAUGGCUAUCUCCCGCUCCAGGGCAAACCCAUUCUAGGCGACUGGGGUCGUGCUGAGACCUACAUCAACGAUAUCGUAACUGAUAUCACCAAUUACGUAGCUGGUUGGACGGAUUGGAAUCUUUGCUUGGACAUGCAAGGUGGUCCCAACUGGGCACAAAAUUUCGUGGAUUCACCGAUCAUUGUGGAUGCGAGCAAACAGGAGUACUAUAAGCAACCCAUGUGGUAUGCAAUGGGGCACUUCAGUAAAUUCGUCCGGCCAGAUUCCUACAGAAUCCUUUCCACCCUGGACCAGUCGGCACCAUUAGCUGUCAAGGAAAUUGCUUUCAUAACACCAAAUGAUAAAAGAGUUGUCAUUUUGGCGAAUACCGACUCUAGUUCCACCUACACCAUCGCAAUAAACGAAGCUCAAACUCCUACUCUGUUUUACAAUGUCGUUUUGGAGCCACAUUCUUUGGCAACGGUGAUUCUCGGAUGA